ACUAAUUCCUGGAAUUAAAAUUUACAAUAAAAUCAUGGACUUCGUAUAUAAACAAGCUGAAAUCUUCAUCUCCCACACUACCAAUUCAACACUGUGACACCUACUCACUUUUUUCCUCGCAUUUUUUUCACGAGGCGUUCGGUUUCUUGAAGACCGUGUGCGUGAAAUCAAAUUGUGGGGUUUUUUUCUUUUUGUGACAAGAAAAUGGCUGUAGGCAUUUUGCGAUGGAUGUAAAAAAUGGACCGGGAGUUCCACAAGAAACACUGGAUGCAGAAGUCGAAUCGUUCUUUGAAUCCGCUCCUCCUCUUAAAAACAGGGACGAUAUCAGUGAAAAAUUGGAGGAAUUUGUUGAGAGGAAUUCGGCACUGUCAGGAAAUGGAAGAGCUAGGAGGGUUGUGUGCGUGACAUCUGGUGGCACCACGGUUCCUUUGGAGCAACGGUGUGUUCGCUACAUUGAUAACUUCAGCUCGGGCCAUAGAGGAGCAGCAUCCACGGAGUAUUUUAUUAAGGCCGGAUAUGCAGUUAUCUUUUUAUAUCGCAGGGGAACCUACCUGCCUUACUGCAGAUCUCUUCCAGAGGAUCCCUUAGUUGAAUGUUUUGAGAUCACUGAUGAGUCAAAUAUUCGAGUGCACCCGUCACAUUCUGAAGCAGUGAAGAAGGCCAUCACUGAGCAUCAUGCUGCUGUCGCAGAAGGCCACCUGUUAAAACUUCCCUUUACAACCAUAUUUGAGUAUCUUCAGAUGCUACAAAUGAUUGCAGUUUCAACGAGUCGUCUUGGGGCAAAUGCAAUGUUUUAUCUUGCAGCUGCAGUUUCUGACUUUUAUGUUCCUUGGAAGAGCAUGGCAGAGCACAAGAUACAGUCAGCAUCUGGUCCUUUGGACAUGCGACUGGUUCAAGUGCCAAAGAUGCUCUCGGUGCUGAGGAAAGACUGGGCUCCCAUGGCCUUCUGCAUAUCUUUCAAGCUGGAGACAGAUGCAAAAAUUCUUUUAGAGAAGGCUUAUAUGGCUCUUAAAAAGAACAAGAUGCAUAUGGUUGUGGCAAACGAGCUUUCAAACCGCAAAGAGGAGGUUGUAGUUGUUACAGCUAAUGAAAAGAUAUCAGUUCGCCGGGACAAGACGCAGGUCGGUGAUGAUGUGGAGAAUCACCUGAUAGGACUUCUUGUGGAGAGACAUUCAACUUAUCUUGAGAAUCCUGACCUAUGAUAUGUCGCCCUAACAGCUUCAGAAUGAUGAUACAUACAACAUAAGUUUACCCAAAAAGUUUACUUUUAUUUAUUUAUAGACUAUAGUGGAUCCUCACUGCCUCA